UGUUCUCCAACAGUGAAAGUAAACCGCCAACAAUAACGACAUGAAUAUUGGAUGGUACUCCAUAGGUUGAGGCCACACAAUAACUUCACAUCAAAAGUGAAUCCAAUGUACUUUGCAAGAUUCUCUUCAAUGUGUGUACAAAAUGAGUUAGCCGGUUGACAAUCAAGAGUUGAAUGAACAAAGCAACCAUAUCUAAGUAAAUAGCAAUAUGCAUAAGAGAACUUUUUUCACAAUUGUUCAUGCUGAAAAAAAUCAUCCCUAAUGCCCGCAGCAACGCGCGGGGUAUCAACUAGUGUUUAUAGACAAGCUAAUUAACCUUAUCCCUAUUCUCCAGGUCAGCUCCUGGGCUUUUCAAAUUCUUAUAUCGAGACCUGAGUGAAAAAAGUUAGCUUUGAAACAAGAGAUAACAAAUAAAUCUUGUUCAGUUCAUAUGAACAAAUAUAAUAUGAGUUUAAUUGCAAAAUUUUAGAUGUACCAUGAUCUUAGCUUCCUCUUGGAGGUAGCGUUCUAUUGGAAUGUAUAUAUCAUUUUUCUGACUUGCUGCUAGCACUUCUAAAGACAUAUAGGAGACUGGGUGAGUAUAGGAUGCAUAACCUUUAGCAUUUCAAUAUACCAAAAUUGCACGCAGACGAACCUUGUUUAUGGCUAUAAAUCUAAAAGUACAAUUCUUUGAUGAAUGGAGUUCUCAUCAUCCUUUGGUUCACCUGGAUUCGACAGUAAGAAGAGCAAGUUAGGCUAUAAAAACACCCUGUUAAGUUUCACGGUCUUAAAUAUGAAUGGAUUAUUCAAAGAGAAAACAAAGAUAUGUCUUCCCCAUAUUUUUUGCAUGAAUUUUUAAAAUAGCCAGCUAUAGCCCCUCAGAGAGGUGUGGCUAAGUGCAUUGGCCCGCUAAAAGGUGGCUAUAGCGGGUCUAGCCGUUUUCGCAGGCUGCUACUAUAGUCUAUAGCCGGCUAUUUAAAACCCUUAGCCAUUUUCUCACUUGGAAUGAUUUUUCGUCGAUUUUCAUCGAGAAGUUUUUUCCUAGAAGUUUCCGGAGUCCGGUUAACACAUUUUUUAGUACAAGAUGCCUUGGAAUCAGUCCUGUUAAGGACAUGUUUUGUUGUUCAUAUGUCAAGGGCUAAAGGUGCAUAAUCGUGUGUGCCCAUGUCACUGCAAUUUUCUCCAGUUUGUAUUGCGUUAACUCUUCUGGCCGAUUGAAAACAAGCUUAUGACCAUUAUUGUUAGGUUGACUUGGAAACUGUGUUAUUAGUGUUAUGUAAGGCUUCCUGAUAUGCUAAUAUUUCUUCCAAGAAAUAUACAUAAGCCUAUAUUUAGCAAUAAUGCAAAUCUUGGUUUUCCCUUUCCAAUGAAUCUCGCAUUGAUCUUGUCAGUUGCUAUCUCUGAAACGAAUAGAUAGGGUAACAUUAAGCUCUUUCUGCCAAGUAUUUGUUAGAAUAACUGCACCCAGGAGAAUGCCCUUAGAGUUAGCUUUAUAUGACAUGUUCAGAGUAAUCAACUAGAGCUUUGAUAACACGACCAUGUGUCAGGAAAAUGUUGUUAAUCUCCCCAACCUCUAUAUAGUCUAUACUCUGCUCUGCCAUGCAAUGUCAAUUGAAUAGGUUCAGAAGUGCUUUGCACUUCAAAUAUCUGAUGGUAACUGAAUGUAUGUUGCAUGCAUAGAAAAGUUUCCUUCAAAUGUAAAGAUCAUGGCUGUGAUACUAAAGGCAACUGUUGUUUUGAAAAAGAACAAGGGAAAGAAGAUAAGUGAAAAUGAUGAAGUUGAUUCAGGCAAAUGGACAGAGCUCCCUGAUGAAGCCAAGGAGCUGGACAAAAAACUUUGCCAGAUAACAAAGGACAAGAAUGAGGCUUUGCGUGGCCAAGAUUUUGAGAAGGCUGGGAAAUUAAGAGAUGAGGAGAUGGAGAUGAAGGCUCGAUCAAGUAACUACUAGUAUUGACAAGAGCAAGGAAAUGAUUAAAUCUGUAAACAAAAUAAGGUGUUCAAGGAAUAAUUUCCAGUUAGAUGCUUCGAUUUGGGUCACUCCUGGUUAGAGUCUGCUAUGUGAUUGCAGGUCGCAGACAAAUGUUGGAUUCUGCAAGUUAGUUUCUAUAAGUUAGAUUUUGCUUGCAAAUGUU